GGGCUCCUCCCGCUUCUCCUCGAUGGGUGGUGGUGGUGGUGGUGGAGGAGGCCGCGUYACUGCCAUGAGGGCCGGCAGUGUGUAUGGAGGUGCAGGAGGCUCUGGGGUGCGUAUCUCUAGCUCCUCGUUUGGUUCCGGCGGUGGAGGUGGUGGUGGCGGUUAUGGUUUCGGAAUGGGAGGGGUGGUGGUGGCGGGUGGAGCUGACCUCCAUGUGUCAGCCAAUGAGAAGGCCACAAUGCAGAACCUGAACGACCGCCUGUCCAACUACUUGGAGAAGGUGCGCAAGCUAGAGGCGGCCAACKCCGAGCUGGAGCUGAAGAUCCGUCAGUUCAUGGAGAGCAAGACGUCUCCCAUCUCUCGUGACUACUCUACCUUCUACGCUACUAUCGCCGACCUGCAGGACAAGAUCCAGGCUGCCACUUGCUUGAAUGGAGGCAUCUAUCUGAACAUUGACAACUCAAAGCUUGCUGCAGACGACUUCAGAACCAAGUAUGAGAACGAGCUGGCCAUGCGUCAGUCRGUGGAGGCGGACAUYGCCGGGCUGAAGAGGAUGCUGGACGAGAUGACCAUGGCCAGAUCUGACCUGGAGAUGCAGAUCGAGGGGCUGAAGGAGGAGCUCAUCUAUCUCAAGAAGAACCAUGAGGAGGAACUGCUGGCCAUGAGGACACAGAUGACUGGACAGAUCAACGUGGAGGUGGACGCAGCACCACAGGAGGACCUGUCCAGAGUCAUGGCUGAGAUCCGUGAGCAGUACGAGUCCGUUAGUGCCAAGAACCAGCGCGGCCUGGAGGUCUGGUUCCAGACCAAGACGGAGACGUUGAACAAGGAGGUGGCAUCCAGCACAGAGGUUCUCCAGACCUCCAAGUCAGAGAUCUCAGAGAUCCGUCGCACACUUCAGGGCCUGGAGAUCGAACUGCAGUCACAGCCCAGCAUGAAAGGCUCCCUGGAGAACACGCUGGCGGAGACGGAGGGCCGUUACUCCAUGCAGCUGGGACGCCUCCAGAACCAAGUGACCAGUCUGGAGGAGCAGCUAGUGUCUCUCCGCAGCGRCAUGGAACGCCAGGGCCAGGAGUACAAGAUGCUGCUGGACAUCAARACACGCUUGGAGAUGGAGAUCGCUGAGUACAGGAGGCUGUUGGACGGAGAGGCUAGCGGUCUCGGCCUCAGCUCCUCAAAAUCUGGCCACAGCUCCUCCAGCUCCCACAUCAGCUCCUCCAGCUCUGGCCCCAGCUCCUCCACCUCCACCACACGCAAGGUGGUGAUCGUCACAGAGGAAAUGGUGGAUGGCAAGGUUGUCUCUUCAAGUGAAACCAAACACGCCUCUUAACGUACCAUACACAGCAAGCACUGCAGCAAGCAAUGGGUUAACCCCAUAGACAUAUAAUUACUAGAAUGGGUAUAGGA